GUACCUAAGGGUGAAUUCAUAAUGAUUCACGAAAAGGGAUUUAUUUAGCGCAACGUAGUCCUUAACCAAUGAAUGCUGUGGAAGCAUAAUGAUGCAUUCGAUGAAUAUAAAUAAUAGAUUGUGCGUGUUUUAAUGCAUUUCUUUAAAACUGAUAAUAAUUUCCUGCUAUCGUCGUUGAUGCAGUUGAAACAAUUUUCUCGGUAGUUAAAAUUGUGCCUUGGAAAAAUGUUGGAUAUGUCAUGAAACUUUUACAUUGAAAAAUUUACCCUUCUUUGUGAAGAUGUACAUACGAUACUGCAAUAAAAUAUUUUUAGUGAGGUGAAGUGAAACUCAUGUACAAUAUGCAGUGCCAGUAAUAAAGGACUUAAAAAGAAACCCAGUUUCUAUCAUACUGGCUGUUGAAGUAUGAGUUGUUAUUGCAAUUGUAAACUCAAGACUAAUGUCAUAAGAAUUUAAGGUAAUAUAAGGACAUCCUUGUUCAGCGUACUAAUGGUGCACAUCCCUCUGUGCAUAUACUAAAUAUGCAAUGCUAGUAUCAGCAUGAUAUGUUGCAACUUUGGUUACUGCAAUACACAUAAACAUAUACCUUAUAGGGCGGAUCAAGAUUAUGAUAUGGGCCCAGGUACAGGAAUGAUGGUAAAUGAUUUUGAUGAUGAACGGACUUUAGACGAAGAAGAAGCUUUAGAAGGUAGUGAAGAUUCUCACAACGAGUUGUCCAACUUGCAAAAGGAAGGUGAUAUGCCACUAAAAGAUCUGCUUGCAAUGUAUGGAUACGGGGAUCCAUCGACAGAAAAUUCAAACAGUUCUGAUCAAAUGUUAAUUCCAUCUGGAAGUGGGGAUCCAGAGGUUGAAGGACAGUAUUCGGAUAAGGGUGACAAUGAUGCUGAUGACGACGAUGACGACGAUGAAGCAGACGCGACCAGUAACGAGCCAGAUCUCAAGCAAUUUUAUACCGAAAUGUUGGUAAAAGGGAAGGAUUCAACGUCGUUGGUGUCAGGAUCGACAAUGAAAGGAAACAACGCUAGUGGUGCGACUACUGUGGAUAAUAGUAGGCGACACAGAAUUCACGAUGACGACGACGACGACGAAGAUGGCGAAGCCGAAGAAUGUUCUAUGACCGAUAAUUGUAGUAAUAAUGAAAACGUAAGGACUUCCGCUGCACUGGGAGGUAGUGGUGCCGCUAAAUGCAGUGGUAUAAGUGGACUCGGUACCACGGACGAGAACGUUGUUGCUGGAAUAGAGGGUACCGGUACCAGUGGUACAGUAGACGGGGGAGAAGAUGGAAUAGUCAGCAGUGGUAUAGGAAGUGGUACUUCAAGAUUACUGCGAAGUGUUUCACGACCGCAGAGCGAAGAAGAAGAGGACGAUUGCGAUUACAGUCCGGAUGAAGAAGAAUGGAAGAAGACAAUCAUGGUUGGUAGUGAUUACCAAGCAGCUAUACCAGAAGGUCUGUGUCGUUACGACGAUGCUUUACCUUACGAGAAUGAAGACAAAAUGUUAUGGGAUCCCAGUCAUAUACCAGAAGAAGAAACCGAAGAAUUUUUAGAAAGGGCCCAAUUACCGGCUGUAAAGGGUGGUUCUUUGCCCACCGGAUCUCACAUCAGAGACGACGAGCAAGCAUUAUAUUUAUUACUACAGUGCGGUUACAAUCUCGAAGAAGCGUUAAGAAGACGUAGAAUGAACGUUGUUCCACCAACGGAUGCAGUUAGUCUUUGGUCAGAAGAGGAAUGUCAUAAUUUCGAAUCUGGAUUACGAAGUUAUGGAAAAGAUUUUCAUCUGAUACAAAAGAAUAAGGUAAGAACACGUUCUGUCGGAGAAUUAGUGCAAUUUUAUUAUUUGUGGAAAAAGACGGAACGCCACGAUAUAUUUACAUACAAGGCUCGUUUAGAAAAGAAAAAGUACGCUUUACAUCCUGGCAUCACCAGGGACUAUAUGGAUCGAUUCCUGGAGGAACAGGAGGGCGUACGAGAUCGCAGCAGUUCACCGAAUGUUCAUUGCUUAUUAUACGGUGACGCGAAGCGACAACGAUCGACUGCCAGUGCUGUGAGCAACGACGAAUCAAAAUCUGCUGAACCAUGGGACAGUACAGCAGUUGAUCCAUUGGCCGAUUUGAAUGGACCAACGCCAGCCCCACCGCCACCGCCACCGCCUCCGCCACCACCUCCUCCACCACCACCGACAACAACUGCAGGUGUCGCUGUUUCAACCUCGAGUUCAAUUAUACCUACGAUAUCAACGCCUAUGUGUUGCACCGUGUCGACUCGUCUAUCGGAGUGUCCAUCAUCGGACACCAGUUGUUCCAACCCGCACACCUGGUCGACGUUAUCCUCUCGAAGUCACUGCACCUCUUCCAUCGUGACGACGAUCACCAUUAAUACAACAACAGCCAGUACCGUUCCGAUGGUUACGGCAACAGCAGUGACGAGUACAGUUACGACCAGUUCCGUCGUCACUUCCGUCACUUCGAAUAAUUUUUAUCAUGCACGAGUGACGUCGAGAAGUAACGAAUCCCACGACACACCUUCACCGGAGAACAUUUUACCUCAUUUACCCCCUUAGCGUCGAACACGACCUUCGGGUUCUGAGCCUGGAUGGCGUCAAACAUCAUGUUUACGCGACGCGUUCAACUCGCCGCUCGCGACACUGCUAUUACCGUAAUAUAUAAUAUUCGUUAAUAUCACGAAUUAUAUUUUUAUACUGUAUCGUAGUAUGACUAUCGAUCGCGAUGACGAAAGAGAUAUGUUAUUUCGCGACUCGAGGACUAAAGGUAUUAAAGAUACGUUAAUUAACGAAUCGAAACGGAAAAGGAGCAGUUAAAAUGGCACGUGGCCACAAUGGCGGAUUACCAUAGUUUUUUCCAUUUUCUGCUUUCUAGUUCCCAACGACAACUACUCCUAUCUCGUUAUCCGUAGAUAAAGUUUAACCAACUUAAAAAAAUUAGUUUAUAUUAUUCGAAUCGAUUCGCGUUUUCAGAUCUAUAAAUAUUUAAGUGUUAUCAAAGUGGUGCACAAUGAAUUACGAUCACAGAAAUGUAGCGCCGGGCGCAAACUUAUAAACGAUAAUCGUAAUGUUGUCCUAGCACGUGUUUGAUCGCUGAUACUAAGUGUACAAAAAGGUCCAGUUUCGUUACACGAUUACAGAAAUUUGACGACGCAAGAACACAGUGGUAAUCGUUGAACGUGGUUACAUUAAAUGAAAUUCGCUAGAUACUUGCUUGUCUUUUAUUUUUAUCGAGGAUACACUGAAUGCAACAUUGAAGAUGGACCAAAGUUGCCCGUCGUAUGUCCUCGGACACGUUUCAAAGGCGGAACGUGUCAAUGUGCGUUCGCGGUAUCCCCGAUUAAUCAUUUUUUUUUACUCUAGUUUCUUUAUCAUUUAUACGAUAUCGAAGACGGAAGACUAUAAUAAAAAUUGUUACUUUAUUGUGAACAUCAACAUACACGGAAUAAUUAAAUUGUUAUUUCUUUUGUACGUACUUACAUACACUGCCAAUGGA